GCAUUCAAGGAAGUGUACUCAGUCUUUCAUUAUUACAAACAGGUUUGUAGAGUCCGCGGCGCGGCGAAGGAAAGUGUACAUACCGGUGUUGUGUGUGUGUACGAGGGGGUGGGUCCUAUUUCACCCACGGUCUACCCGAGACAGUCGAACUAUACCCUGGCUGGGUGAAUGCAGGUUUUGUGAAUCAUUUUCAAGUUGGACUAGAUCUGUGUAGACUGAGCACAGGUAGGAGUGUUGAAAUAGGGUGUGAGUUGCUUCUGUGUGUAAAUAUUACUUUAGUGAUACAGGUAGAUAAACACAUGUAGAGAGGAGAGAACCUGUGAGAUCUAACUGGAGGAUUAUUACAAGAGACUGUGCUGCAUGAACGUACCCAGGGUAGACAGUUGAAGAAGUAUAUUUUAGACUCAACCAGUCUGACUUGUCGGUGCUGUACACGUUGUUUGUCACCUACAUCCACCGCCUCACACCAUCAUGUCUGGAGGAUGCAUCCUAUCCCUGCUCAUCCUUGCUUGUGUCGGGCUGUGCUCGGGGGAGAAAGUGCUGCUGAUUGUACUCGGGGGAUUCCGCUGGGACUACUUCAACAUCCACACAUACGAUGUGCACGGUUUCAGCAAGGUGUUCGAAAAGGGUGUGAAAGCUGAUCAUCUCAUCCCUUCAUUUCCCACCCUCACCUACCCAAACAUCUACUCCCUCGUUACAGGUUUGUACCCUGAGAAUCAUGGGGUGAUCAGCGACGAGAUGUGGGACCCGGAAAUGCAGAGAAUGUUUUCCAAGGGAGACUAUUCCGAGUUUCUUAAACCCUACUGGUGGGACAUGGGCGAGCCUGUGUGGGUUACCGCGGCAAGACAGGGUAAGACGUCCUACCUGUUCAACUGGCCAGGCUGCGAUGCCACCAUCCGGUCACUGCAGCCCACGUUCUGUGUUCCGCACGCUGACGCCACACCUGACCUUACACCUGACCUUCAGAAAUUUGUGCAUUUCAAGCGCGAGGGCUUGGAGUUGCUCAAGAAUAAUACAGCGGAUUUCGUUGGUAUUUAUUUCGAGGUGUCGAAUUACGUCACCCACCUGUACACCCCAGGUAGCCAGGAAUCUAAAGGUCUGAGUAGAUGGCUCGACAAUGAAUUCGACAAGCUUGUUUACGACAUCGACAACGGCGAGCUGGAGUACGACGUGAACCUCCUGGUGGCUUCUGACCACGGUGUCGCAGACGUUUCCAAGAAAAAGGGUCGUCAACAUAACGGCCGUUCUUGUCCGAGAAGACGUCGACCACAUUGUAGGCCACGGGGCCAUCGUCAGUGUCUGGCCAAAGACGAAUAAAGUCCGGCAGGUGUAUGAUAAGUUGAAGGAUUACAACGACAACGUUGACGUAUUUCUGAAGGACGACCUCCCCGACACGUGGCAUUACCGAGACAACAUCCGGGUCGCCCCAGUCACCCUCGUGGCCAAGCUUGGCUGGAUGAUAGCUACACCUGACCAAGGACUGCCCAAGAGUGACCGAGGUCGUCGGUUCCGCAGCUAUGAAGGCUAUGACAACAAGGAGGUCAAGAUGAGGGCCACGUUCUUCGGGUUUGGACCAA